UCAAAAAUGAAAUCGUCGCGGCCAUAUUGUGCGGCAAUCAUCGGCGUGUUUCGUUUGACUGGAAUCAACUCCUGCGAAUAAUUGAAAUUGGCUCGCCAUUCGUACGAUUGCACCUUGAAAAGGAGCACGGAAAGGCUUCACAGGUUGUUGGCUACCUCACCGCCCGAUCGAUUUCUAACCGCUCGCCAGAAUACCAACGAAAUCCGACAAACGGCAAAGUUCUCAGCACGCGCCGCACAUCGUCGUUUCUAGUUCUCGUACGCAGGUAAGAUGUAAUCCAACAUCCAAAAGCAAACAGAAAAGUCUCGAGCAGUAAUUUCAGUACGAAAGUAUUCAAACUAAAUCAACUUUCCUCCACUGUAUUUAAUCAACCAAAGUUUUUUGAUUAUUAGUUUGAGAGAGAAUGAAAAGUCAGUCGAGAUCGCAAAAGUGCCUUAAGUAAAGUCUUUUUAGUUCUGUGUCCGAAAAGUUGAGAAGACUCGUCGCCGCCGUUCAAAGCGUAAAAUGAAAACAAGUGCGGAAAUGGACUCGAAGUUGUAAACGCCGCGAAAGUUCGCAUUAUGAAUUCUUAAUAGCCAAAUGCAAAUUUGAUUUUUUUUUCUGUUCAACACUUCAUUUCCUAUCUCGAAAGAAAAUGAAGUCCUAAAGAGAAAAGUCAGUGAAAAUAAUCAGUUCAGAGUUUCUUUUUGUUGUAAAAAGUAUGCGACAAAGUCAAGCAAGUAGUUUUGUUCAUUUUACCGUUGGUUCGUUUGUUGGCAGUAAACAGAACGUUCAAGUAACUAAAUUCCAAACAAUUUUGGACUAAAAAAUUGAAAAAAUUCUAAUCCGGUGGAAACGCAUCUUCAGUGAUUGAUUUGAUAGUGCCCAAGAUGAAGCGUGCCGCGGGUGAUUAUUGUAGGCAUUUGAAUCACCUACUGCAGCCAUGGAAUCCGAUGAGUCGAGACCGGGCUCAUCGGCAUCGUAUUCAUCAGAUUCGUCCGAUAAUUCGGAUAAUUCACGGCAAUCAAGUCCAGCCCGUCAGCCGUCCUCACCUGGACAGAAGUCGGCUCAAAGUUCCCGCGAAGGAUCUUCAUCGAGAAAGUCUCGGUCGCGUACACGAUCUCAUACAAAGUCCCCAUCACAAUCGAAAUCAGCAUCAAGAUCUAAAUCUCGCUCAAGCUCAUCAUCAAGCGAAAAUAAUGAAGAGCCGGUGAAUGCGGCAGAAUCAGUUGAAAAUGAUGAAAACAACACGGAGCUGAACCGAAAUGAUCGAGAAGGUUCAGCAAUUUCUUCCCGCAGUAGUAGUAAUGCGAGUAGUAGAAGUAAUCGGGCUGCAAGUGAAGGAAAUGUCUCUCGAAAUCAAAGUAUAUCCCCAGUGAGAAAAUCUAGAAGCUCACGGAAUAGCAGUGCAUCGAGUGCUGCGUCGAGAAAUUCAAACAUGAAUGGGGACGAUGAUGAAAAUAAAGAGUCGGCGCUGAAUAUGAGCCACGAAGAUCUCAGCGACGUCAGUGAUAUGGACAGUGAGAGAAAUGAGAAACGCAACAACAGUCGGCACAAUGAUCAUGGUUCUGAUGAGGAAGAUGAAGCAGCUCCGGAAGCUAAAGAGAACGGUGAAUCAGAUCACGAGGAUGAAGUGGAUCAUACAUCAGCUGCCAACGAUGACAAGGAUAAAGAGGAAGAGACAAUCAUAACUGAUUUGAGGCAGAAACUUGAUCAGAAGAAAAAUCAACUGAAGGCAAUGGAAAGUAAGGAAAAGAAUGGAGAAGCGAACAACAAAACAAAUGGUUCAGUAUCCGAAGAACUCGAUGAUCUGGUGAAAAAACAUGAUGAAGAUGCUCUGGACUUCGAAGCUGAAGAGGGCGAGUGUCAAGAGAUGACAAAAGAAGAGGAAAAAGCAGAAAAGGAAGCGCAGGAGAAAGAGAAGAAAGAAAAGGAUGGCGAGCUUGAAGAAGGCGAGGAGUUAGAAGAGGGUGAAGUCAGCGACGAGGAGGAAAAACGCCCUGAAGAAACCGAACCGAAACCAGUAUGUAGAUUCUAUACACGUGGUCAAUGCACAUGGGGAAUGAGCUGUCGCUUUCUACAUCCCGGCGUGACCGACAAAGGCAACUACACUAUGUUCGAUAUGGUGCGGCCGGUGCCUGUGCCACAUGGUGGAGGAUUCCCAGCGGCCCACCCUUACCAUGACUAUAGAAAUGAAAGACCCCCACUGCAUCACCGCCCACCCAUACAUCAUCAUCCAGCGUACGCAGCGGCUCAUCACGAAGCACGCGUAAUUCCCCCGGCAGUGGUGGCAGAUCAACCUGUCCCAAUGGUUGAAAGUGCAUGGGAACGUGGUUUGCGCACAGCAAAAGAAAUGAUGCGAAAAGCAAACAAACGAAAGGAACAAGACAUGGAUUUCGAAGAUAAAAAAAUGAAUUUGUCAUUAUCGCAGGAUGAAUUGGAGAAGGACAACUAUUAUAUACGCGAUCGAGCUUCGCCGCCAGAAGUUUCUCCGUCUUAUGGACGUCAUCCUAUAGCUGUGGCUGCAGCACACUUCGAACCGGACAUGUACAGUCCGCCGGGUCGAGGACGUGGCCCACCGAUGAUGUACGAUGAAGAUCCAUAUGGACGAACCGUACGUUAUCGCGAAUUGCCCCCUCACCGUAUGCCGCAAUAUGAAGACGAUCGUCGUGUGCGUCCAGCUCGUGAAGUUAUCGUUCAAAGAGCAGAACCAAUCGGCCGCGGGGACGAAUGGAAUGACCCGUGGAUGCGGUCCAAGUCGCCUGGUCGUGGAUUCGGUUCUGAAGGGCGAGAUCGUUCUGAGAAACGUGUGAGGCGCGACCGUCGUAGCUAUAGUAGUGAUUCUUCAUAUUCAAGUUCGAGCACAUCACGUUCCGGAUCUAGUUCAGAAUCUAGUCGAUCUCCAUCACCUGAGACCAGACGUAAGAGGUAUAACAGCACUCACAGUUCCACACAUAAAUCACCAACACGUCGUCAUGUGAAGAGUGUGAGAUCGCGCAGUCCGAGAUUGCGAAGAUCACCGACUGCUCAUGUUGCGAUGAAUGAAUUCAAGGAACACAAAGUGAAAAAGAAUGUUGAAAUAGGUAUUCGACGUUCACCGGGGAAGAAACGUGGACGUAUGUCAUCAUCGCCUGUAUCAGAAAAACGACUGGCUUUGAGUCCAGUAUCAAAACGAAAGAAGAUGUCACCCAUAUCACGAAAGGCUUCUGUUGACAAAUCGAGGAAACAUCGUCGAGGAGCAUCUAGUUCAUCUGGUUCAGAAUCAUCAGAUUCAAGCGGUUCUGAGUCGGAGUCAUCAUAUUCAUCCAGUUCUGAUAGUUCAUCGCGUGGUAAUACACCAGUGAAAAGAGCUGGGCGAACAGAAAAGAUGGGUACUGAAAGGAAAGUUGUGAAGAAAGUAGAAAUGAAGAAGCGUUCACCAAUCACAAUGGAAAUCAAAAAGUCUGCAUCAUCCAACGCCACAUCAGCAUCGUUAGACAACAAUUCGUCUUCAGCGGCGUCAUCCAAGAAAACUACGCGACGUGAGGAGUUACUAAAACAAUUGCGAGCAGUCGAGGAGGCGAUCGCUAAGAAACGAUCAAAGUUGAACUGAUUUAUAAAAUAAACUUAGUUUAGUUUUACAUUUGCAAGAAGAUAACAUCAAUUUGGAGAUUUCUUUCGCUAAACGCAUCGAUUUUUUAGCAAAGAGUAGUCUCGAAACACUUCAAGCGAUAGCCCAAAAAAAUAACUUGUAACGAAAGAAAAACCUAAAAAUACAUAUAUGACCAGCUGAUGAAGGUAUUAGAGCGGGCGAAUAAGUAAUUCACGGCUCCUCAUUUUCAUCUUAUGAACAUUCAUUUCUGUUUCUGAAAAGGCUGAUUUUUUGUUUCUUUGUCGUAAUGCCUUCAUAGCCGCCUACAUUGUUUCGGUUUCGGUGCCGGUGCCGACUGUUAGGAUUGAUGAGAAACCAUGAAACACUUAUUGUCUAGAGAAAUGGAGAGAAAUCAUAAAACACUUUAUGUCGCUAAAAAAGAAAUUAUCCCUAAGAACAGUUAAAGGUAAAAUAUAGAAAUAUAUUUUCAUAUUAUGUGUAACAUUGUCUACUUAUGCGUGCGCAUUCGUAUGUACAUGAAUAUUGCGUCGCUAUAAUUAGAUAGCGAUUUCCCCGAAUUAAGGCUUAGAGAAAAGUAUCCAGAACAAACUAAUCAUGAAAACUCCAAGGAGCUACUAGCUCUGAUUGUAGAUUUAGAAAAACCGAGAAGAUCGGAUGGCGUAAUGCAGUGAAGGAUGCGAUAUGUAUGUAAAUAGACAACUGAAGAGAAAACGGAGAAAAGCGCAUCCUUUGUUCGUGUAUUUUCUUUCGACCAGCUAUGAAAUGUAUAUGUACAUUAAUAAUAAGAUUUAUUCUAAGUUGAUAACUACCCGUUUUGAUAUAAUCUAUAGUCUUUAGUUUUUUUUAUUCAUUUGAGAGAGAAAAGAAAGAAGAAACUAUUAAACGAAAAUGCAUCAGUUUUUGUGUAUUUCUAUGCUUCACAACAUGAGUACAUAAUUAUUACAUUCUGUCUAGAUUUUAAUACAACACAGACAAAAAAUAUGUUAUUUAUUAAAUGGAUUAAAAAUAAAA